AUGAACUCCUUCAUUUUCAUCAUCACUUUAGCCCUGACCAAUACCAUCUGGGCGCAAUCCCCCUCCGAUGACAAGAAACACCACUGUAUCGUUGGACUGACAGCUGCCCGCUACCCGGAGGUUGAUACCACAACCGGCCAUCCGGAAAUCAUCCUCCAGGGCUAUUGUCAAGACAACUCGACAGCCGACGCACCUGAAUCGGACCUAUACACCAAAGCCGAAUGUGACGCCAUGCGAGACCCAAUCAUCAACACUCUGGACAAGAUGUACGGCCAGCACAACAUAGGCCAACACCAGUACGUCCCGGAAUACGGAUAUGCCAAGGAGAUCUUAAACGAUACAAUGGGCGAUCUUCCAAGCGCGAACGCCACAAAGAAUUUCGACACAUGGCUCAAAAUGUAUGGCGAUCAAACGGCAUGGGUCACCUUUAUGCAUGCUCAAAUGGCGGGUGCCCUGAAACAGGCCAAGGAAAAGGGCGAGUAUCCAGAAUGCACACCUGGUGAGCAAUAUAUCACUGAUGAGAAUCGCCUGUGUCUUGAGGAGCGUCUCAAUGUGUGUGAAUAUGCUUGGUCGAAUUCGGAGUUUGUACGAGAGCAUACUGGGAAAAUGCCCUAUUGGAGCCAAACUACUUGA